AUGAUCCUGCACCAGGUUGAGAGCCUGGCUGCGGCCGGUGUCACCGAUAUCGUUCUGGCCGUCAACUACCGUCCCGAUGUCAUGGUCUCGACCCUCAAGAAGUACGAAGAGCAGUACAAUGUCCGCAUCGAGUUCUCAGUCGAGUCCGAGCCCCUCGGCACCGCCGGCCCCCUGAAACUCGCCGAGAAGAUCCUGGGCAAGGAUGACUCGCCCUUCUUCGUCCUGAACUCCGAUAUCAUCUGUGACUACCCCUUCAAGGAGCUCGCCGAAUUCCACAAGAGCCACGGCGACGAGGGAACCAUCGUCGUCACCAAGGUCGACGAGCCCUCCAAGUACGGUGUCGUCGUGCACAAGCCGAACCACGCCUCCCGCAUCGACCGGUUCGUCGAGAAGCCCGUGGAGUUCGUCGGUAACCGCAUCAACGCCGGCAUCUACAUCCUCAACCCCAGUGUCCUCAAGCGCAUCGACCUCCGUCCGACCUCCAUCGAGCAGGAGACGUUCCCCGCCAUCUGCAGCGACGGUCAGCUCCACUCCUUCGACCUCGAGGGCUUCUGGAUGGACGUCGGUCAGCCCAAGGACUUCCUCAGCGGCACAUGUCUCUACCUCACCUCCCUCGCCAAGCGCAACUCCAAGCUGCUGGCUCCCCACUCCGAGCCCUACGUCUACGGCGGAAACGUCAUGGUCGACCCCUCGGCUAAGAUCGGCAAGAACUGCCGCAUUGGACCCAACGUGGUCAUUGGGCCCAACGUCGUUGUCGGCGAUGGCGUCCGUCUCCAGCGGUGUGUUCUCCUUGAGAACAGCAAGGUCAAGGACCAUGCCUGGGUGAAGUCCACCAUUGUCGGAUGGAACAGCUCCGUCGGCAAGUGGGCGCGUCUGGAGAACGUCACCGUGCUGGGCGAUGAUGUGACCAUCGCCGACGAAGUCUACGUCAACGGCGGCUCUAUCCUGCCGCACAAGAGCAUCAAGCAGAACGUUGAUGGUAAGUGA